UUGGGUAUUAUCUAGAAGUUCUUGGCAGUUCUCCUCAUUGGACCCUGGUGCUGGAUACCAUGUCAGAAAAAGGAAUGACCCUGGCCAACUUCUCUUCCAAAAUGCCUCCAUCUAUACUAAGAAGGCGGACGGUGGAUCGAGGGGACGAUGGUGCACAGCACAAGUCUGAACGAAGGGUGCGCUUCAGGGACCCAGAGGCCAGCUACAUCUAUGCCAGCCAGCAUUGUCCUAGCAGUAUCCAGCUCCCCCUCAUCAUUGGUGUUUGUAUUUUCAUGAUCAUGGGACUGAUUCUAUAUUGUCAUCAUUUCCAGCUGGGUUCCAACACAUUCAACUCAAGCUUUGUAGUCUUCAUUCUCCGUCUGAAGCACAAUGCAGCAAUUUGCUGGAAUUUGUUAAAGAAGCAACAAUAAAACAAUGGAGGAACAUAAGAACAAUGUGGCAAGAUGACAAAAAGUUCUUCCGUACAGCUGGAGAGUUUUGCAACGCUGAAUCAAAUGUGACUGUAAUACGUAAGACAUCACUUUUAUUAUGGAAUGAGGUCAAGAAAUAUUCAUUCCAAGGCUUCAAAAUGGACCCAAUAAGGUCGCCAAUCCAUGAAUGGAUGUUUGGAAAAGGUGAAAGGAAGAGAGACCAGCAACAAGUUGGAUGGAAGCAGUUGCAGAAAUCUUGAACCUCAUUGAGAAGCCUGGAGACCCUACAAAAUAGGAAAGUCUGGAGAACAUUAAUAUAUGGCGACCAAGAUAUGAAACCAAAUAGGUUUUAGGUUUUUAGCUACAUGACGGGGGGGUUCUCAUCCAUCAUCUAGGCCUAGGAUAGGUGAUGAACAUUAGAUCACUGGUAUGGGCGAACCCAGUUCCCUGUUCUUCCUCACUAGGAACAGGGGUAUGUCUGCUUUCAUCUAGAAACAGCACUAGACCUGUCCAUGAGUUGUUGAAGCUCAACUCCAUUCAAAUGAAUGAUGCUGAGCUCCAAUACCAAACACACCCCUGUGAACAGAUGUGGUGCUGUUUCUAGAGGAAAGCAGUCAUGUUUUUCUAAUUCUGUCCACCUCAUUAGAGGGGUUAUCCAACUUUUUUUCAGACCUUAUAGAGUGGCCGGACCUGCGGUGUUGAUCAUUAGGGUUCAGCAAAGAGCGUUUUCGGUCAUAGAGCCGAAGUUGCUUUGUUCAAAACUUCAUUUGAAUGCUGUACGGAGACCAGUCUCUGUACAGCAUUCAAAUGUAUGAGCUACAUGGAGAUGAAAUUCGUUAAGUCUGAAGUGUCGCGAGACUUAUGGGAAGAACUUUGACAUUUGAUUGUACAACUUGAAAACCAUUUUAAAACUGCAAUCCAAAGUCGUCUUCGGUAUGGAGUUACCAGUUAUAGUCUUGCCAGACUUCGGACUUAACAAAUUUCACCUCCACGUAGCCUAUAUUGGUCUCCAUACAGCAUUCAAAUGAAGUUUUGAACUAAGCGACUUUGAAUCUCUCGACAGCAACAUCCUGAUGGGGCAUGUGACUGCUGCAGCCAAUGACCAGCCUAAGCGGUGACGUGUCACCCAUGUGGCACUUCACCAGGUCGUGUGCUGCAUGGAUGACCGGUCACCGCUGAUGCCAAUACAGAAAGGGAGCUGCAGAGCCAGUGGUGGAGCUGGAACCCAGAAGGAGGGACCAGGUAAGUAUGAUCACCACAGCGGGGCCUGACCUCUCUGUGAGGUCUGAAAAAAAGUUGGAUAACACCUUUAAGCUCAGGUUUGGAUUUCCCUAUAUAUUCCAGGCAGAACGGAGGAGUGAGGUCCUUGUACUAGUGAACAGUGAUGAUAGAUGUUAGAUCACAAGGGCUCCACCACUGAGGACUCCCAGCAAUUAGCACCUAUGCAGUGAAAAUAUAAAGGUGGAAGUCUUUCAAAAGAAAAAUCUAUAGACAAACAAUAAGACACUGGCAUAACCAUAUCAUAUUGGAGUACAUGACAAAGAGGACCAAAAAAUGGUUAAGAGAAGGAAUAAAAAAUAAAUAAAAUAGAGGUAAGUAGAGAGGAGUGGAACCAGGAAUGGUAGGAUAAUGCAGACCAAAGCUUGGAAAACCACCACUAGAUAACUCGUUUAAUCUGAAGAGACCAGGGGGUCAUUUAUUAAAGACCAGUGAUAUUCCUUGUGCCACCGAAGGAUGCCCCCAAUUUAAAUUAGGUCCUUUCUCCGGCUGUCCAAGUGCCUAGACUGAAAUCUACUCCAGCCACACCACAUCCCACAAUCCAUUUUCAGAAAGUGGCAAGAGGGUCAUAGAAUUGCCUAUUUGUUUUGGCUAAAAAAAAAUUUUUUAAAUUGGUCUUUAUUAACAGUUUUGCCUCUAUGGCUUUUGUUUUUCACUGCAUCUGCAGAUAGUUGUUUUUUCUUCUUCUCAGUGAAUCCAUCAGAGAGCUGCUUUAAUUGCUUGAUCUUUAUCUCUUAUAUUUACUUUCCUAAUAAGAAUUUAGUUCUCUGACAGAUCAUAGUGAUGGACGAACAUCGGCCGGGACGUUUCGCGAAUGUGAGUUCGCGAUCAAAUGUUCGCAAACUGCGCAUUCGCUGUAUUGACUUUAAUGG